UCCCCGGCAGCCUCCUGCGCAAUUAGAGCCUCCGCCGCCCCCCCCCGCGCCCCUCGUUGUUUCGAGCGGGUCUGGGCUCGCUUCUGGGCUUUCGGCUGCCUUCUCUCCCGGGGAGGGGAGAGGGCCUUGCAUCACUUGAGAUUUCCGUGCGAAACUCAGGGGUUAUCCCGGCAGCGUUCAUAAGGGAAAGCCGUUCUCGCUCUCUUCCUCUUUCCCUCUCCCCCUCGCAGCAGCCUCCCUCCGGGUGCCUCCUGCGGCUAUCCCGGCAGGACUCCGCAACUGCUGCCCCGGCUCCACUGGCCUUGCAUCUGCCACUUUUCGGCCUUUUCGGCCUUUGCUCUUCCCCGCCGUUCGCAGCGGGCACGGCCGGGACCCCGCGGGCCGGGCGGGGACCCUUCUGCGGGCAGCGCCGCCCCUGCUCGCCGGGAGCGCCCGAGGGGCAUCCGAUGGCCUAGAAAUUAAGCAGCACUUCGGAGUUGGUACAGCUGCCACCCCCCGCAUACCCCCGCCCUCUUCCUUACACUGCUUAGGAUCUCCCCGCGUCUCUCCCGUUUCUUUGUGUGUUUUUUUUCUUUUUCUUUUUUUUCCUUUAACUUUGCCGCACCCCUGCAGCCCGAGGUGGUCGCGGAGGAGGCGAGGCGCCCCCCGGCCCUUCAUGCGAGGCUCGGGGAGGAGGCUCAGGGGGGUCCCCCGCCAAAUGCCGACGCUGCGGCGGGGAGCGCCCCCGGCCCGCCGCCUGCCCCCCGCGGGCCGGCGCUGACCCUCACCGGGGGCUCGCUCCCACCCCAGCCGGGAAAAGCCCCCGGGGCGGGAGGCCGGGUGGGGCGGCCCGUUGGGGCCAUGGCCUCCAGCGGCGCCGGGGCAUUCUCCGGCGGGCGCUUGUCGGCGGCGGGGCGGCAGCGGGGGCCGCCCGGCACCCCGCGGGGGGGAGGCGGCGGCGGCGGGGCGGCGAGGCCCGGGCCGGGGCCGGGGCCGGCCUCCGGGACCGAGCCUCUGCCGGGGGAGACCAGGAGCCGCCAGCAACUUUGUUCGGCCCUGCGCGCCGGCUGCCUCUGGGCGCUGCUGCUUCUGCUGCUGCUGGCCCUGGCGGCGAGGGGGGAGCGCGGCCGGGAGCUGGCGGUGGAGGGGGGCGCGGGGUCGCGGGGCUGGGUUUUUUUGGGGGGCUGGCUGCCCCUCGGCGCCGUGCCCCUGGGCCUGGCGGGGGCUUUCUUCGGUGCUGGCCGCUACCUGCUGCGCGGCGGCGUGCGGCCGCGGGCGGCGGCGCUGCUGCUAGCCGCCUGCUGCGGGGGGGAAGCGGCGGCGCAGACGGCGCUGGCGGCGGGGGAGGAUCGCUUGCGCUCCCUGGCCGCCGCGGGGGUGGUGCUGAGCUGCCUGGCCGCCGUGACAUGGCUGGUGCUGAAGCCGAGGCAGGGCGUCCUGAUGAUCGCCGUGACUAGCGCGGCCAGGACCACGUCCCUCGUCGCCUUGGAUAGGGUCCCGGCGUCCUGGCGGCCCUACCUGGCCUACCUGCUGGGGCUGCUCGGCAUCCUCCUGGCCGGCUACGCCGACCGGCUCUGGCCCCCCCGGCGGGCCGCCCCGCUGGCGGAGCCUCCCGCCGCCCCCCCGGUCGCGGACGAAGCCCCGGUGCUCAGGCGUCGGCGGCGGUCCAGCUCCAUGAUCUCCGCCGAGAUGUCGGGCGGCAGCAAGAGCCACCGGCGGACCUCGCUGCCCUGCAUCCCCCGCGAGCAGCUCAUGGGGCAUUCUGAAUGGGAUCACAAACGAGGACCCAGAGGAUCACAGUCUUCUGGUACCAGUAUCACCGUGGAUAUCGCUGUCAUGGGAGAAGCACAUGGGCUCAUUACAGACCUUCUAGCAGACCCUUCAUUGCCUCCCAACGUGUGCACUUCGCUGAGAACAGUGAGCAACCUGCUUAAUACCCAGUUAACCUUCCAGGCCAUCCACAAACCAAGGGUGAACCCUUUGGUGUCCUUCAGUGAGAACUACACUUGCUCUGACUCAGAGGAAUGUCCAGAGAAAGGAGAAAAACUAGCUAUUCCUAAGCGCUUACGGAGAAGUUUGCCUCCAGGACUGCUGAGACGAGUGUCCUCCACUUGGACCACAACAACAUCAGCCACAGGUUUGCCUACACUGGAACCAGCCCCAGUGAGAAGAGAUCGCAGUGCCAGCAUCAAACCUCAUGAAUCAUCUUCAUCCAGCACUGAUUCCUGGAACAGCUCCCUUCUGAUGACAAUCACAAAGAGCCGCUCCUUCUCUACAUCUUAUGCCAUGUCUCCUACCAACCACCUGAAUGCCAAAAAACAGAGCCGGCAAGGUAUCCCAUCAAAUAUCUCACCUCUCACCUCCCCAUGCCAUUCACCUAUUCAGGGAACGCCUGCUACAAGUCCUACCGGAAAAACAUCAUCUGUGUCAUUUCCAGACUCUACAGAUACUGACAAGAAGCAAGGUUCAAAGCCACAUAAAGUCUUAACUGCUACUCAGAGCGCACCUAGCCUGUCAGACCCUAUCAUCAGCCCCUCUGUUAUCUGCAGCAGCUGUGGCAGACCCUAUAACCAAAUAGAAGCUGGUGAUGGGACGCUAGAUAGAAGUGAUGGUACCACACACUCCCUGAAUAGAGCAGAUGAUCCUGCACAAGCCACUUCUGACUAUGAGACCAACAACAGUGACAGCAGUGAUAUUGUACAAAAUGAUGAUGAGACAGAUUGCUCCAAAGAACAGACACGGAAGGGAUCCGUGUGUAGGACGUAUGCGCCUGAGACCAUCAUUCUGCAUCCCUUGAUACCACCUGAGGUAGACAAGCCUGUGCUCGCUCCUGAGCCUCUGGUUAUGGACAACUUGGAUCCCCUGAUGGAGCAGCUAAACAGUUGGAAUUUUCCAAUCUUUGAUUUGGUGGAAAAAAUUGGAAAGAAAUGUGGUCGUAUUCUCAGUCAGGUAUCAUACAGGCUUUUUGAGGACAUGGGGCUGUUUGAAACCUUUAAAAUUCCAGUGAGGGAAUUUAUGAACUACUUCCAUGCCUUGGAAUGUGGAUACCGGGAGAUACCUUAUCACAACCGAAUCCAUGCAACUGAUGUUCUGCAUGCCGUUUGGUACCUUACUACUCAGCCCAUUCCAGGACUGCCAACUGUGAUUAAUGAUCAUGGGUCAGCAAGUGAUUCAGAUUCUGACAGUGGAAUCACUCACGGCCAUAUGGGUUAUGUGUUUUCGAAGACAUACACACCUACAGAUGACAGCUACGGAUGCCUAGCUGGCAACAUCCCAGCCCUUGAGUUGAUGGCUCUUUAUGUAGCUGCAGCCAUGCAUGAUUAUGACCAUCCAGGAAGGACCAAUGCCUUUUUGGUAGCAACAAGUGCUCCUCAGGCAGUGCUGUACAAUGACCGCUCCGUUCUGGAGAAUCACCACGCUGCUGCUGCCUGGAACCUUUUCAUGUCGAGGCCAGAAUACAACUUCUUGGUCAACCUUGACCAUGUGGAGUUCAAGCAUUUCCGCUUCCUCGUCAUUGAGGCAAUUUUGGCUACUGACCUGAAAAAACACUUUGAUUUUGUUGCCAGAUUCAAUGCCAAGGUGAAUGAUGACGUUGGGAUUGACUGGACUAAUGAGAACGACCGCUUGCUGGUUUGCCAAAUGUGCAUCAAAUUGGCUGACAUAAAUGGGCCUGCAAAAUGCAAAGACUUGCAUCUGCAGUGGACAGAAGGCAUUGUGAAUGAGUUUUAUGAGCAGGGUGAUGAAGAGGCUAGCUUGGGCCUUCCUAUCAGUCCUUUCAUGGAUCGCUCUGCUCCUCAGCUGGCACACCUCCAGGAAUCUUUCAUCACUCACAUUGUGGGACCACUAUGUAACUCCUAUGACUCAGCAGGGCUGAUGCCAGGAAAAUGGAUAGAAGAUAGUGAUGAAUCAGGAGACACUGAUGAGCAUGAAGAGGAAGAUACAGCAGAAAUGGAAACGUAUGAAAAUGCUGAAUCCAGAAAGAAGAAGUUCAAGAGGAGGAAAAUCUACUGUCAGAUCACUCAGCACCUGCUCCAGAACCAUAAAAUGUGGAAGAAAGUAAUUGAGGAUGAGGAGAGGUUAGCUGGGACAGAGAAGCAAGGCGCAGAGCAAUCCACACUGCACCAAUCUUCAGAACAAAUUCAGGCCAUCAGGGAAGAGGAGGAAGAGAAAGGGAAGCCCAAGAGGGAUGAAGAGGAGAACACAACUGUAGAACCAAACCAAUGACAAUAUUUACAGCAGUAUUUUAAGACAGAUUGACUCAUGCACAAACUCUUUCUCAAGCCAGCACAGCAUUUAGACACAACACUGUAGAAGUAUGGGAUUAUGCGCCUACAGCUGUUUAAUUUGUUUCUCUUUCUUUUUUAUGGUGAGGUACAUUGUUUAAACUCCUAUGCUCAAGGAAGCUUUCACACUGCGACACCGGCUUUUACAGAUUUUCUUUACAGAGAUUUGGAGGUGGGGGUGGGGGAUGGAAUUAUAUAAAUAUAUAUAUACAUAGCCAGGGUUAUUGGCUGCGCACUUCAGCAAAAUACAUUUAAUGAUAUAUUAUGGUCACUGUGAUAUUUACAGAAGGAAGUUAUCUAAAGAAAUGCUGCUUCUAAAGCACAUUUGCAGUUAACAGUGAGGUACCAGUUAAGUAGCUUUGCUCUUAAUGCUGAGGGAUAACAGUUCCAAAGCUUUACAUGAAUGCCAAUGUAUCCUGCCAACAUAUACGUGUGCGUGAGGGGGGUGCUUGUGUGUGUGUGUGUGUCAUAUAGCAUAGUUUGAGUUCUUAUCAGACUAGCUGUAGCACAUGUCCCUAUACAUGACAAUGAACAGGAGGCCUGCAUUAUAGAGAAUUUGUGCCCAUGAGGAAGGCGGAGCCCUUUGUGAGGAGUUCUGUGUUUCCCGUCGUCCUCUAAGUCCUGCAUUGCACACUGGCUGCAGGCAGCAGCCUUGCAGUAGGACCCAUGCUAGCUUCAUCUCUGUCUCCUUCUCCUCCUCUUCUGGCAUUUCUCAGACUGCUGGCAAAAGGGAAAUGCCAGGACGUUUAUUUCCAGGGAGGUUUAUGAGGGGUUGUGCAGCACACUGCUCUUAUAAGGAUCUGGCCCUCCGUCCACUUCUGAGUGUGUGAAUGGCAUAUAUGUUUCAGCAGGAGAGAGAAGAAAGCAAAUGUGCAUGCGCACAUGGAAACUAGAGGCACACUGCCAUCUUUCCACCCUAACCGUAUGCCUCCAUGCAUCAGUGGCCAAACAUAACAAUUUUGGAGCAAAACUAAGUCAACAUCUCUUGAGAGCAAAGAAGGGGAGCAUGGGGGUCAUGCCUCAAAAUAAAAUGCAAAUGUUGCAAUAGGAGAGGGGUGGGAGAAUGGUGCCAGUCCUGCGUAUGUCUCAGCAACCACUCACAUGAGCUUCAGAGAGCUUGUUUUUUCGGUGUGAGGGCUGGAUGGGAGCAGUUUGUAGAUGGCGUUCUGCUUAGAAGCAGCGUGUUUGAUCCCACCAAUAUACUUAUUUUUUGUUUGCUGUUUUUUUUGUUUGUUUGUUUGUUUUUUAAUGAGAGGAAAAGAUCAGGCCUGUAGAAGAGCAGAUCUUUUUGUUUUGUUAUGUUUGUUUUUCUCUGUUGUUUAUGCUGUGAGCCAAAUGUCUAUUUAAAAGGUUGAAUAUUCACUUUCAAUAUUUUAUUUCACAAUAUUAUAUUUGUCAAUGAUCAGCUAUCUAGAUGUAAAUAUGGAAAAUUUUUUAUGGGUUCCUGUAGAUAAUGAUAUCUUUAAGAAAAAGAAAAAAAAAGAAAAAAAGGAAUUUUUUUUUGUAAAGCUAAUUUUUUAAAGAAUAAAUACAAAAACAUUUUUAUACAGUGUAGCCAUUUUCAACCCAACAAAUGAAAAAACCCAACAAAUGAAGUCUUGAAUACGUGUAAAACCUUCUAGGAAGCCACUGGUCUACAGGUUCACGGCUUUAGCAUACUAAUGCUCUUUGGGACUGGCGGCACCAACCAGUACCACACAAUUUACAGGUUGUCUUUGUUGAUUUUCCCCACAAAAAUAAUUACACGUAUAUAUAUAUAUAUAUAUAUAUGAAGAUCAUUAUCUCUCAAAAAUGGUUUGACUACAUAUGUUUUUUAUAUGCUAAUCUUGCAGUCCCUUGCCAAAAAGAGGAUUGCUUGUUGGAGUGAGAAUGCUUGUGAAAGGAAGAGUUUGUAGAAGUCCUUUCUAUACAUGUAUUAAAUUGCUGACAUUGCAUCCAUCGCGUUUUGCCAUUGUUAUACAUUUGCAGUAUUUCCCCGUCCUGUUGAUACCUUCCCCAAAAUGUUAGAAAACCCUCUCUAUCAAAGCCAACAUGUGCUGUCAGAGUUUCUUUUUGCUUUGCAUAAAGAGGAUUGUGGUUUCUUUCAAGCAGAGAAGAUGUUUGCAUUUUGACAGAAUGACUGUAAAGCAUGACUCUGGACGCUCUUACCAGCAGAAAAAUUUAGUCAGUGGUUUUCAAUGAAAUCAGAAGAACAAAGAUCCAAAUUUCACUAUUGUUUUACAGGGAAAGGAUAAAAUUAAUUCAAAAGAAAAAGUGCCAUCACUUGAGUGUUCUCCAAGAUCUAAGCAAGUCUCCACCAAUUUCAGCUUGCAUUGUUUUCAUGCCUUUUCUGUUACUUCGAUUAACCAUUUAAUUUGGGGUUUUCUUGUACAAGUGACAUGCAUAUGUUAUAGUACCAGAAUUAUUUAAUGUGUUUCAUUCUGCCCUUAAAAAUUAAACAUAGAGAUGCUUUAAAAUAUCACAUCUCUAAGCAUAUUUUUCUUCUUUUUUUUUCAGUGCAUGCUCACUGGAACUAGAUUUUUUAUAUUGAUUUUAUAUUGCUUUUGCUAGAAGAAGAAAAAAUUUAUUACACAAAGUGUCAGUGGGUGCCCACUUGGUAAAAUUAAGAUGAGCCAGAAUGAGGUCAGUUCUUGUGACUAAAGUUUCAUUAACUCAUCUAAGCAAAUAUACAAGGUUGAACCAAGAAAAAUUAUCCUAAAAAUAUUCAGAAAGGGAAUUAUUAUAUUUUUCUUAUUCAUCAUUGUCAAUAGGUUGUCAAUAGGUAAAAUCACAUUCCACUCUAAUUUGUUGAGCUUUCUUUCUAUAAUAACAAUGCAGCUGUUAUAAAUUACUACAUUGAUACACGAGCCUAUUUGUGGGUGCAGUUUGAUUAACUCAGGACUUUUACAGUAUGGGAAUUGCAGACAGGCGAUUUAUCCAAACUGCUAGCAAAGAAGCAAAAGUAUCUGGGACUGGUGAUUUUUUUUGUACUCCACAUAAUUAAUGGUAAAAUCCAAUUUCUGCAGGUAUUCACUCCUUAUCAAUCUGAUUUUGCAUCUUUGCAAUGUAUUUCUGGAAAAAAAAAAUUAACAGGGAAUUCCCCAGGAUGUAACACAAAGAAAAUAUGAGAUAUUUUAUAUCAAAUGUGUGAAUACAUUUGUUUGCUUUUUUUUUUUUUUUAAUAGAUAGUGAAACAGUGACUUGUUUUUAGUUUUUAUUUUUGUUGUUGGUUUUUAUACAAGUCUCUUGUCCAAAGGAGGCAAACCUUUUGACCCGCAGUUACAGCACUGUUUUUGAGGUUAGACCUUGAUGCUUUUCCAUUUUGUGCAAUCCUUUGGAGUUGCAAACCCUAAACAAACCACAACCUCUGCAGUAUGUGGGGGAAAAAAUAAAAAAAAAAAUACAAAGAAAAAAAAAAAAGAAUUGUAUCAUCAAAGUGUUCAGAAUUCUGGUAGGAUAUUUAAAGAAUUGAUAUGGGUUUCUGGUAUGUACAUUGUGUAAAGGGGUUCAUCAAAUGCUAGAGAAAGUAAGCCCUAUUUAAACAGUGUUUUGCAGUUUAAAAAAAAUUAAAAUAUAUUAGUUUUCAAUUCUUUAAAAACAGAGAGGGAGAGAAGUAUCAGACUGUUUUCCAGAUUCAAUGUUUUGCUUUUUCCACUGUAAUGGCACCUGGGGUCUGAUCCUGUUCCUUUUAAGUCUAGGAGGUUUGCUGUUUCAUUAAGUUGGAGGCUUUUUGUAGGACUUGCAGCUUCUUGUGCAGUGAGAAGAAUGCUCUGCUAAUCACGUGGCAAUUACAUAUAAACCUAUUUGUCCCUAUAUUCCCAGUUUGCUUAGUAGUCAUAUGAUGUUUACUGUGGAAUAUAACUUCUCUCUUUAUGCUUGUGGUGCAGAAGGAACACAAUGAAGUAGAGAUUAUGAAAGCCUCAAAUUAAUUAUUUUAUUACCUUUUCUCUUAUGAGGAGUCUAAGAUUUUGGUUUUCAAGAACCUAAAACAAUGUCUGGAAGUAAAAAUUUCUACCACUUUCAAAGUGUCAUAGUUUAUUUCUUAUGUUCUGAUUUUUGAGGGAAAUUGGCAUUACGUGUUUCAUUUGAUGUACAGAAUGUGUUGACACACCUCUAAAAAUCAGUUGCUUCCUCCAGUAGAAAAAGCAGUUGAUGUGAUUCUGUGAGCCAUAGAUCAGAAAUAAGUUUUAGGAAUCUACUAGGAAAAAGUAAUUCUCCAGCAUUUCUUGCAGCAUUUUAAAUUUCCUUCCUCUGUACAUGAAAUCCCUUACAGAAAGGUGGAUAAAUGACUGUGUCACAAAUACCCUCCCCUGUGACCUUGUACAGGGUGCUGGCUCUCAUAGCAAAUGACUGCCACAUUCUAGGUAUAGAUGGUUCCUAGGCAGAUGUGAUUAGAGACUGCAUUUUUAACAUGUGUUUUUAGAUACAAAAAUAUUUUUGAAAGUCUAGACUGACAUCUCUACUUUCCUUCCCUCCUUCCCUCCAAAAUGCCUCAGGUAGUAGAAUGCAGUGUGGACAAGCCAAGGUUCUAACCAAACUGAGCAUCGGUCGGUGGAACAGCUCACGAGCACUUCCCAGCCUAUGUUCCAGUCUGGGCACCUCUGCACCCGCUGCUUCAUCCAUGCUACCAAGCUGUGAACUGAGUAGGUGUGGAGUGGCUGUCAGUUUAGGUACUUGACAGGCUGGGACUUAGGAUGUUAGAGAAUUUUGUCUAUUUUCAAAAUGAACCUUAAGCACUUCUGAAAAAUUUUGUCAUCAGCAUAAUUCAUCCAAAGGUUUGUGGUUGGUCCCAGGUUUUAAUGAAGUAGUUUUGCAAAGCCUCAUAAGUUACCUGGCACAUCCUGCUUGGUCUGUGUGGGGGUUUGAUCCUGUGGUGGGGUGAUGGUGAGGGGGUUGCUGCUGAUGUACAUGGGUGGAGGUUUGGAUCCACCUUCUCACUGUCUUUCCAUUGGCACUUCCAGAAGUGCCAGUCAGUGUGAACCUGACUGUGACACCUGACAGUAUGAACCAGACAGUGUGAACCACUGCAAACCUGGCUGUGCCCAGGGCUGGGACCUAGAGCAAGCACAGGAUGCUUGACCAGCAAACACCCCAGAGAUAUGCAUCAGCUGAUCCAAGUGUGGGAGAGGCAACACAGGUGUACUGCAGUUUAUUCUAGAGAGGAACCGUCUAAUAGAAAGGACAUUCAAUAGGCUGGGAAGGCAGCAAAGAGUUUGUGGCUUGUCUUUCUCAGAAAGCAGAGGCUUGACUGUUGGAAAACCUUGUGAUUCAUAAAAGGUAUAGUAGUUGCUAUUUCUUUUUUAAGCACUGUUAUGGUUGAGAUGUUCCAGAAUUACAUGUUUAAAGCAAAAAGAUUUCAGUUUAAGCAUGAGCAUGAGAAUCUUGAGUGUUAAAUCAGAGCAUGUGCCUCUCCCUGGUCUGCUGCAGGUUGGAGGCAGGUGUGGACACUCACUUGUUCUCUCUAGUCUUGGACCUGGAUAUUGGUUUGAGAAGUUGAGUAUUCCUUUUCUUUGAAAAUCAAAUGUUAAUCCCAUUGGAGUGAAGUAAACCUGGAGUUUCAGGGUUUUUAGUUGAUGUUGCAGCAUUAGUUAAAAUGGUCACAGCAUUAAAGAGAAAUGUUCCCACUAACUAGGGCAGAGGAAUCUUCUUUUCAAUUUUUAAGUGACUCAACAAAUAAAAGCACCCUUUGACAUCUGAACGAUUUUUUUAAAAUUAUUUAUUUAUUUAUUUUUAAUGUUAGUAGGAGUAAAAGCCUAUAAAAUUGAAAGGAAGGAGUAAAGAAAAUAUGCUUAUGAUGUGUUCUCAGUGUUCAGGCCUCCUGAAGAAAAUGUACCUGUUAAGUGUUGUUGAAUGGAUGGGGAAAUAAUUGAAAUCAAGGUGAAAAAUAUUUAAGCAAUCAUUGGAAAAACUAGCAAAAAUAUUAAUUUUUGAAGGCAAACUUUGAAUUAGAACAAAAUAACACCAGUACAUUUGAGAACAACUGAGUAAGAUAAAUCUUUCUUUGAAUUUCAUCGUUUUCAUUUAGCAAAACAACAUUCCUCUGGAGGUAAAUCAAAGCAUGGUUUUAGCCCCUGCUGUGGAAGUUAUUGAAUCUCCAUGUUGGAGGGAGCAGUGCAAGAGUUACCCUCCAUUUACUUCCUAAUUAUGAUUUAUUCAGAGUCUUUUAUUGUGAUUUGCUUGGCAGGCAGGUGAUUUUUGAUGAAAAAUUCAUCACACCUCCUCAGUAGGAUGUAAACGUUGCCCCUGUAAGUCCCUGCCUGAAGUCUUAGGGAGAUGCAAGCUCCUCAGGAGCUGGCUGGCAGACGAGCACUGAUUUAUUUCUGGAGAGUCCAUUCUCACAAUGGCAGAUGGGGGCAAAAGCUUGAGCUAGUUAACAAUACUUCUUUGGCAAAUCUGAAACAGUAAGUAUUGCACAGCUUGAAAGCUUGCCAGCAUCAUUUGAGGUGUAUGCAGAAAUUCCCCUGAGUGCUUGCAGAUGUAAAACAAUUCCUUCUCAAAGGUGAUUCGUUUAUGUAUAAUCAACUGGCCAUGUCAGUGGUCUGUUGAGCUGAAGUAUGAUGUAAAAGAAGGAUUUCUGAUUGAAGUUUUCUAGUCCUCUGUAAUCAAAGAAAACUUUUAUUGGUGAUACAGGAUGAAAAAAUGAUAAUAUUUAUUUCAAUUGAGAUUUUUUAGGUAGCUGUACUGUGCUUGUUGUUUCUUACUUACAAAGCUGUGCUUUGUGGUAUGUCCAGUUUGGAAACUGGACAAGAGGUGAGAGCUGUCCUGCUGCUGCUGGCAUAUGAGACCUGGGUGCGCUAAGGAGUACACCAAAAUUUGCAGACAUGGGAAGUCUUUUCUCCCAGGAGUGACUUGGAUGGGAAAACACGUGCGUUUCUGUUUUCUGGCUGUGUAGAAGCAUAAGAGCAGACAUAAUGGACUUUGCCACAGCUGUAGGCUGCAUAUCCUUUUAUGACUGAAAUCUGUCCUGGCUCAAGGGCUGUAGAAAGCAGAUUAAACAAGCAAGGUGCAGCACACGCCAUGGCCCCAGCGAGGCAGGCAUGCAUUUGCUCUCACAUCUUCAGGCCUGCAGCAGGAGCUGUGCUCACACUGUCAGCCUGUGUGGAUGGUAGAGGAUGCAGCAGGAGGGAAAAAAAGUCAGAUUUCAGAGCGCUGUUGUCGAAGUAGCUGGAGAAAUACCUGUGGAUAAAGCAAUCCAACUCUAUACCCACCUCGCCAUGGUUGGCUCACAGCUGUAGCCCCAAGCGCAGUGGGCUUAGAUACUCUGUUUCCCAACACCGUCUUCCUUUAUCACAGCGAACACUUGCAAACAAUUAAUGUGAAUUAGCAGUUGCUUGUUGCUUUUAAAUAUUUAUUUAAAGGAGAAUUGUUUUUGUUAUGUUGUUCCUUGACCCCAGUCAUUUUGCACCCAUGCUUUUAUGAAAAGGAAAAAUAAAUAUAGUAAUGUGAGCAGAGAGAAAGCAGUUAGUUUGCCAGGCAUGUACAUACUUUUUUGGGUAGAAAAUCCAUCGUCUGCUAAGGCUAUGUUCCCUUUUUGAAAUUCCUCCCUGAUUCUGACACACAAUUAAAAUCUGUAUUUGAAUGCAAAAUUUUCAUUUUAGGUCUUUAUAAACCUUAAUGCAGUACUGCAGAUGGUAUCUAAAAGAUCAAAGACAGCAUUUAUUACUGCUAUAUGGUGUUGAUGGUAUUUUUAAUAUUUCAGCUAUGUCAACAUACAUUUGGUCAUUACUUUUCUAAAGUCAAGUCUUCUUGAGUAAUCAAUGUAAGAUGUUUGCAUGAUGGAAAGUAAUUUAAGUUCACUUUUUAAAAAGAUGUGAUUCAUACUGUAUGUUAUGUUUGUUUAUCAGAUAACAUUUUCACUGAGGGGUGGCAGUUUAUUUUUUCUAAGUGCUUUUGAUAGAUGAACAUCUGGGACAUUUUCCAACAGAAACACAUUUUCUAACCCUUGCCUCAGCAACUCCAGUGGAAGUAGUACCUUUCAAAAAUAAUGGUUUUCCAACACAGUUUUGCUAUCUGGCUAAAAAUAUGCAAGUAUGCACAACACAUACAAGCUAUAUUUAAAUAAAUAAAUAAAAUCCCAUUUUCAUUGAAGUAAUUAAAAAAAUCAAUCCAGCAAGGUCAAAACACUUGCUGAAUGAAAAUUUUGGGUGUGUUGAUAUAAUGGACAUGCUUGCUUCCCGACCAAAUUUUGGGGCCAAAUCAUACAAAUUUUGUAUUUUCAAAUCCACAAAAGGCCAACUGAGGUUUCUGAGUUCAGAAAACCCCAAGGAAUUGUUAUCUCCCUUUAUACCCUGUGAGCCCUUACUCCUGUUGACUCCCAGUGCUGCGUUGGGACCCCAGGGCACUGCGCUCCAGACAGAUUUUGUGAUGUUCAUUCAGAUUCAGCUUGAGCAACACAUUUCUGCAAAUCUCCACUAAAUUUCCAAAUUAAUCCUUCCUGAAUUUUUUCACCUCAGGAGGUGAGAGAAAGGGGGGAAAAGUAAUUUUUUUACGGCUGCAUUUGAAAAGGGUUUUGGAUACCUUUGUAAGUCCUUUGAAGCAAUAUUUUGAAAAAUAACUGCCAACCAAAGUGGCAAUGCAGAAAAGUGCCAUCUUGUUCAGGAUUUGUACACACCAAUUUUUAACACAGUGUUCUUUUCACUAAGUACUACAUACGUUAAUUUAUAUUUAUAUAUUGUCAAUAUUGUUGUAACCAAGCUUCUCCUUUUUAAACACUUCAAGAAAAAGGCCUUGUAUUUUUAGGUGAUUUUCAUAAACGGAAUAAUUCUUUUCCUUUCACUAGUAUCUUGCACUCAGUACAUGUAGCAAUACUUAAUAUAUUCUCUUCACAAGUAUUUGUUAAGUGAUUUAGUUAAUGGCUGAUAAAUGUUUUGUACAAAAUAGAUUCUGUACAGGAAAAAAAAAUCUUUUAGAUAAACAUUAUUUAUUUUUACUGUUUUGUAAGUUAGACACUAUAAUGAAGCUCCUUUUUUUGCCAGAAUUACUGGAAGUGCCUCUUGGUAAAAUGUAUUAUACAGUAAAUACGUAUUCAAAAUUAUUAGAAAUACUUGUCACAAAAUGAACAAUGUGGAUGUUGCAAUGUGAAGACAAAUGUACAACAUAAAUAUAAUUCUGUGGUAUACUGUU